AUGAGCGCGGGCGACGCCGUGUGCACGGGCUGGCUCGUCAAGUCGCCCCCUGAGCGGAAACUGCAGCGCUACGCCUGGCGCCGGCGCUGGUUCGUGCUGCGGCGUGGCCGCAUGAGUGGGGAUCGUGAUGUGCUGGAGUACUACCGCAGCCAACGAGCCACUAAGCCCCUGCGUGCCAUUGAUCUCAGAGACUGCGCUGUGUGUGCACACACUGGCCCCGGCUUCGUGCGCAAGGAGUUUCAGAACCAAUUUGUUUUUGUCGUCAAGACCACGGCUCGAACCUUUUACUUGGUGGCCAAGACUGAAGAGGAGAUGCAAGUGUGGGUACGCAGUAUCAGCCAGGUGCUCAACCUCGGCCAGCUGCAGGAUGGCACAGGUUUUGUGGAGAGCCUAUCUUGCACCCCCCAUUCACUUCAGCCAUCGCCUGCCAGUUCUCUGCCCACCACCCAUGUGCUCAGCUCCCCCUUGCCAAGAGAGGAGCUGAGCUCUGGCCCUGGAGCCUUCAAGGAAAGCAGAAGUGAGUCAGAGUUCCCCUUCCUUCCCGAUUAUCUGGUUCUGUCCAACUGUGAGACGGGAAGACUGCGCCAUGCCAGUGUCCCUACCAGAUGUGAUAGCUGGUCCAACUCUUUGGAGCAGACUUCAUGUGAUGAUGUUUUUGUUGAAUGCCUGCCUCCACUGCCCUCCAGCAACUUGGGCCAGCCCUUGCGCCCUGGGAAUGGGGCUCUGGAGGGCCCUCCCAGCAGGCCCCCAGCAGCCCGCCUGUGGAGCAGAGAGAGCAACAGGCCCCACCAUGACCAUCUGUCUUUGCUGGAAACAUCCGUCAGCCCCACCAUGAAGGUGGAUACACAUCCAGGGCCACGGGCCUUUGGUAUGAAUGAGCUCAGCCUCCUCUCCAGCACACCACCACCUCGGCCUCCUAAGCCCAGCCACCUCUCAGAGCGGCGGUCAGAUGAGCAGGCCUUCUGGGGCAGGCGGGGUGGUUUGGCCAGGCCCAGUUGCACCUUGCUGCCAAGAAGGAUCUCUGUCUCUGGUUCAGAUCAUGUGAGAACGUGGAAAGCUGAUGUGGAAGGUCAAUCCCUAAGGCACCGGGACAAGCGGCUCAGCCUCAAUUUGCCCUGCCAGUUCUCCCCGACAUCUACCCCAGCCUCAGCUGGUGCCGAGGACAGCUAUGUGCCCAUGGGCCCACAGGUUGCCCCUGCUCUGGCAGCUUGCUGCAGCCCUGAUGACUACAUCCCCAUGAGCUUGGGAGGCCUGUCAAGCCCCCUGCCUGCAUUACCUACAGACCUGGAGCCUCCACCAGUGAACAGAGAUCUCAAGCCUCAAAGGAAAUCGCGGCCUCCUCCUCUUGACCUGAGGAACCUCUCUACCAUCCGGGAACAUGUAUCUCUAACCAGGACCCACACAGUGCCAUGCAACCGAACCAGCUUUCUCUCUCCAGAAAGAAAUGGUUUUAAUUCUGCAAGAUUUUUUGCCAGUCCUGUUUCAAGAGAAGAGGAAGAAAGCUACAUCCCAAUGGAGGAGCACAGAAAUGUGAGCAGGAACUCUCUGAUGUUGACGAAGAAAUUCAGCUUGGACUAUCUUGCCCUGGACUUCAACUCAGCAUCACCAGCUCCUGUGCAGCAGAAACUCCUCUCAGAAGAGCACCGAGUAGACUACGUUCAAGUGGAUGAGCAAAAGACGCAAGCGCUGCAAAGCACGAAGCAGGAGUGGACAGAUGAGAGGCAGUCCAAGGCAUGA